ACACUGGGUUCUUUUGAUUACGGCCAUAAUUAGAACUGCUAUUUUUUGUUGAUGUAUAAAAUUGAAGCAAAUAACAUUACCACCAUUAGGUCAGUUUGAUUUUUAUUAAUUAUGGCUGUCAGGAAAAUGUCAGGAAAAUGGCUGUCUGAAGUUGGCGAUGAAAACGAAGAUGAAAACGAACCUAUGAAUGCAUUUGUUUAUAGAGCUAAAAUCAUUGAAGUCGGGAGAUUGUGUCGUUCUAUAGGCGACCAGUUAUCAGAGUCAAACGUCGAACUCCACCAAAAUGAAAAUUUGGGUUGGUUAACAGAGUUAGUAAAUGUUAUCGAUGUGACUUUAGAUUGGCUGGAGCACGAAAUUCCAAAUGUGAACAUUAACUCAAAAAAAAUAGAGCAUAUAUUGAGAGGACUGUACAAUGUAACAGAAUUGGGGAAUAAUGCGCAAAUCUUCCCAAUAUUAAAAAUAGCUUGUGAAUUUCUAAACAACGAAAAAGAUCCAUUCAAAGAGGAACGUCAAAGAAUACUGAACUGUUUGGAACAAGUCGAAAAGCGCCAGGCUACUUUAGAAUCGUUAAUUAAAGACGCAAGCAGGUUGCUUGAAGAAAUGUUAGACAGUGAUAAAUUCGAUUACGCAAAGCAACGGGAAUUUGACAACGUCGUCAGGAAAGCAAAUGUGGAGAUCGAUUUCUGCAGCCGGAGAUUGAACGGAGCAGAAAAAGCUAUUAACAAGCUCUCUGAGAAAUGGAACAUCAUUAAAUGGGUGUCACGUGGUAUGCGUGCUUCAGGCUGUUGCAUCACUUUCUAUGUCCUCUACAAGCAAUAUGAAAAAUCAGGUAAGUCAUCAUGGGACCUGUUAAAGUUUGGUGGGCUUGCCCUGUUUGCAGGCAGCCAAUGGAUUGGCUUUAUUCCAGGCAAAGCAGGCGUUAUGAAAGAAUCUUUAUCUAAACUUAAAGCCGAUCACCUUUCGCUUAAAGAGAAUCUGGAAGAUUUACGCACAGAACUGUCAAGCAUUGCUGGUUUCAGAGAUGGAUUAUUCGAUUUAGAUUGAGGUUUUACUCUGGCCGUACUUUAUGUAGCUGAUAUCUUAGGGAGUUGCAAUGAAGUUUUAAUGGAGAUGGUGUAAAUAAAGUGUAAAUGAUUAGAGAGAGCAAUCUUUAGUGUACAAUAAUAUUGGGAGAAAUGCAACAACUUUCUCGUUGGAAUUACGAAGUAAUUAAGCCUAAAUUUAUAGAUUAGUUUUACUUUAGUCAUCAAACAUUAUAGCCAUUUUAUAAAAGUUUCUGGCAUAAUUUACAUUCCUUUGCACCACAUAUCAUACCUAGCAACACAUACCAAGCACGACUAAAACUGUGUCUAUAUAACGAAUUGUUGUUGAUAAUAUAAUUAACAUUAUGUGCAACAUUGGGUUCUUUGAAUUACAGUUAAGAUAAGAGCUGGUAAUUUUUGUUGAUGUAUAAAAUUGAAGCAAAUAACAUUACCAC